AUGUCCACUGGUAAUUACAACAACGACGAUUGGCAACCCCCAAACGAUAAAAAGGGCCAAAGUACAACUCAUGAUCCGCUCAAUGACGAUCCAGCAUUGUCUAAUAUCUCUUUAACAACGGAAAAUGAUGGUAAUAUGUCACGUCUACAACAACAUCCAAUACCCCCUUAUACUGGGGAUACAACUGUAGUUUCCAAUAACCCCUUUGACGAUAAACUUCCCGAUCCAAUUGACAACAACAAGAACAAAAAAAGUGAUAAUGGAGCAGAGGUAACUGCAGAAACAUUAUCAGAUGAUGAAGACACCUAUACUUCGACACACAAAACACCUGUCUUAUCUCAGCAUGCUAGGUUUCCAGAUGCCACAAAUAGUCAUGGGAAUGAUAGUGUCCAAGAUGACACAGGCAUGAGAAGGCUUCGUUGGGGUACUCAAAGGUUUGGAAAUGGUAAACCCAAAGUUGGUAGAGCCAAAACUUUAAAGUGGGCCAAACAGAAUUUUCAGAAAAACAUAGCAAAUCCAUUUGUUGAAGAGUUUUUGGGCCACGACGAUUCAGAUCUAACUGGCGAGAGCAAAAAUAGAAGCAAUGAAACCAGAAACAUUUAUUACAAUAUGGAAUUACCUCCAGAAAUGCUAAAUGAUGAGGGGAAACCCAAAAUUGAUUAUCCUCGAAAUAAAAUCAGAACCACCAAAUACACUCCUAUCACAUUUAUUCCCAAGAACCUAUCGUUUCAAUUUAAAAACAUUGCAAACGUUUAUUUUCUUGUUAUGAAUAUCUUGGGUGCAUUUCCCAUUUUUGGUGUCACUAAUCCGGGUUUAGCUUCUGUUCCUCUUAUUGUUAUUGUUUGUAUCACUGCUAUUAAGGAUGCCAUAGAAGAUUCUAGACGGACAAUUUUGGAUUUAGAGGUUAAUAACACACCAACCCAUAUUUUAAAUGGUAUUGAGAACUAUAAUGUUAGUGAAGAUAAUGUUUCGCUUUGGAGAAAAUUCAAAAAAGCUAAUUCUAGAUUAUUAUUUAGUGCUUUUAGAUAUUGCAAAUCACAUUUGAGCAAAAGCGGCAGGGCUAAAUUGUUGAGAGAGCGCCAUAAACAAGAGUUACAUGCUUUGAAUGACAAUUUUAACAUUCCUCGUAAUUCCUUUGACUCCAUGGCCAGUUUUAGGGAUUCUGCACAAUAUGAUGAAGACGAUGACCAAUACCAACAAAACUAUGCUCAGCGUGAUCAAAACAUUAUAGAUCCGCAUAUGCCAAUGCGAACGGAUUGUAAAUUUGCUAAAAAUUACUGGAAAAACGUCAAAGUGGGCGACAUUAUUCGUAUUCACAUGAAUGACGAAAUUCCUGCGGACAUUGUAUUAUUAUCCACUUCUGAUCCAGAUGGAGGCUGUUAUGUUGAAACCAAAAAUUUGGAUGGUGAGACAAAUUUGAAAAUCCGUCAAGCUUUGAAAUGUUCUUCACGGAUUAGGAAUUCAAGGGAUAUCACUAGGACAUCUUUUUGGAUUGAAAGCGAAGGCCCACAUCCAAACUUGUAUUCUUACCAGGGAAACUUGAAAUGGAUGGAAAGAGACCAAUACGGUGCAGCUGACCCCCUUACCAAAAACGAACCUAUUUCCAUUAAUAACACUUUAUUGCGUGGAUGCACUUUAAGAAACACCAAGUGGGCCAUGGGUAUUGUCAUCUUUACUGGUGACGAUACUAAGAUUAUGUUAAACGCAGGUGCUACACCAACAAAAAAAUCGCGUAUCUCUCGUGAAUUGAACUGGAGUGUUAUUUUAAACUUUUUUUUAUUGUUUAUCUUGUGUUUUGUCAGUGGUAUUGUUAAUGGUGUGUAUUACAGACGCAAGAAUGAUUCUAGAACCUACUUUGAAUUUGGUACUGUUGUUAAGACACCGGCUGCAAACGGUGUUGUCAGUUUCUUUGUUGCGGUGAUUUUGUAUCAGUCAUUAGUUCCUAUUUCGUUGUAUAUUUCCGUGGAAAUUAUUAAGACAGCUCAAGCGGCGUUCAUUUACGGCGAUGUUUUGAUGUAUAACGAGAAGUUGGAUUAUCCAUGCACUCCUAAGUCUUGGAAUAUUAGUGAUGAUGUUGGUCAGGUAGAAUACAUUUUCAGUGACAAGACAGGUACUCUAACCCAAAACGUUAUGGAAUUUAAGAAAUGUACGAUUAACGGUGUUAGUUAUGGCCGAGCCUACACGGAGGCCUUGGCGGGUUUGCGUAAACGACAAGGUAUUGAUGUCGAAAGGGAAGGCAUGGUUGAACGUAAGGCCAUUGCUGAGGAUAAGCAAUCUAUGUUGGAAACUUUAGAAACUAAGCUAGGUAAAAACUCUCAGUUUUUUGCAGAGGAUGUUACAUUGAUAUCUAAGAAAUUUGUGGAAGAUUUGCUAGGGGCAUCUGGCGACUACCAAAAAAAUUGUAAUGAACACUUUAUGUUGACUCUGGCUCUAUGUCAUACUGUGUUAACUGAGCCAUCUAAGGAAAAUCCGGCUAAAUUAGAAUUGAAGGCGCAAAGUCCAGAUGAGGCUGCUUUAGUUGGUACUGCAAGGGAUAUGGGGUUCAGCUUUUUGAACAGAACCAAACACGGUGUUAUUGUUGAAGUUCUAGGUGUUCAAAAAGAGUUUGAAAUCUUGAAUGUUUUAGAAUUUAACUCUACAAGGAAAAGAAUGAGUUGCAUUGUUAAAUUGCCUCCGAGAGAGUUGGGUGGUGAUCCACGAGCUCUAUUAAUCUGCAAAGGUGCUGAUUCCGUCAUUUAUUCCAGGCUAAGCAAAACUGCCAAUGACGAAACCUUGUUAGAAAAGACUGCCUUGCAUUUGGAACAGUUUGCCACUGAAGGGUUAAGAACGUUGUGUUUGGCACAGCGUGAACUUCCAUGGAACCAGUAUUUGGAAUGGAACAAGAAACAUGAUUUGGCAGCUGCUAGUUUGAAGAAUAGGGAAGAGGAGAUGGAAAAAGUUGCAGAUGAAGUUGAACAGGAUCUAAUUUUAUUGGGUGGUACUGCCAUCGAGGAUCGUUUGCAAGAUGGUGUUCCUGAAUCUAUUGCGUUGUUAAGUGAAGCCGGUGUUAAGCUAUGGGUUUUGACUGGUGAUAAAGUGGAAACUGCGAUUAAUAUUGGGUUUUCAUGUAAUUUAUUGGGUAAUAACAUGGAACUAUUGGUAGUUAAAUGUAGUGGUGAUGAUGUUGACGAGACACAAAAUCCAUCGGUUUUAGUUAAUGAUUUAAUUGAGAAAUAUUUAAGUGAAAAAUUUGGUAUGCGUGGGAGUGAGGAAGAAUUAGAAAGAGCUAAGAAGGAACAUAGUGUUCCUACUGGUGAAUUUGGUGUUAUUAUUGAUGGACAAGCUUUAAAACUGGCAUUAAUUGGACCUGAUAUUAGCAGAAAAUUUUUGUUGUUGUGUAAGAAUUGUAAGGCUGUUUUGUGUUGUAGAGUUUCGCCUGCUCAAAAGGCUGCUGUUGUUAAGCUAGUUAAAAAUAGUUUAGAUGUUAUGACGUUAGCUAUUGGCGAUGGUUCCAACGAUGUUGCUAUGAUCCAAUCUGCCGACGUUGGCGUUGGUAUUGCUGGGGAAGAAGGUAGACAGGCUGUAAUGAGCAGUGACUAUGCGAUUGGUCAAUUUAGAUAUUUAACCAGAUUAGUGUUAGUUCAUGGCAGGUGGUCCUAUAAGAGAUUGUCUGAAAUGAUUCCUUGUUUUUUCUACAAAAAUGUUAUUUUCACCUUAGCAUUAUUUUGGUAUGGUAUUUAUGAUAAUUUUGAUGGUUCGUAUUUGUUUGAAUACACAUAUUUGACGUUUUACAAUUUGGCAUUUACAUCCUUGCCCAUUAUCUUUCUAGGUAUCUUGGACCAAGAUGUUUCUGAUGUAGUUUCUGUUUUGGUUCCCCAGUUGUUUAGAUGUGGUAUAUUAAGAAGUGAAUGGACAAUUUCGAAAUUUUGGGGCUACAUGUUGGAUGGGGUGUAUCAGAGUAUUAUUUGUUUUUUUUUCCCAUACCUUUUGUAUUAUAGAACCGGGUUUGUUAGUGGCAAUGGGUUGGAUUUGCAGCAACGUUAUUGGGUUGGUAUUGCGGUUACUGCGAUUUCAGUUAUUAGCUGUAAUUCGUAUAUUUUUUUACAUCAAUAUAGAUGGGAUUGGUUUACCUUUUUCUGGGUUUGCAUUUCCAUUUUGUUUUUUAUUGGUUGGACUGGUAUUUGGACCUCUUUUGUUAAAAGUGGUGAGUUUUACAAGAGUGGUAAACAUUUUUUUGGAUCACCUGUUUUUUGGGCUGUUUUAUUUGUCGGGGUCUUAUUCUGUUUAUUACCAAGAAUGACUUAUGAUGUUUUCCAAAAGAUGUUUUGGCCCAAGGACAUUGAUAUUAUUAGAGAAUGCUGGAAAAGGGGGGAAUUUGAUCAAUACCCUGUUGGAUAUGAUCCAACUGAUCCUAACAGGCAUCAUAUUUCUAGUUAUUCCAUGAAGCAAAUUGCUGACAUUGAAUCUGAACAUGGCAAUUUUGAUCAUGAUUUCAGUGAGCAUAUUGAUGCAACAAGUAUUAGUAAUAUAGCCAAUCCAUUUGAACCUGCAAUUCCCGAAGAUGGUAAAGAAAGAAAGCAUACUAUGAGUGCUGCGGGUGAUGAGGUUGAGGAAAUCCCACUAGAUUUUGUUGGUAAUUAUCAUAAUGGGAAUGAAAGCAACGAUAAACAAUAUACUACUAUGACGCGUGACUAUCAUAAUCCGAGAAAGAGCUUAGGCAACGCGAAUCGGACUUCCUUAGAUAUUACAAGGGAAAACAUGAUGAGGAAUAAUGAAUUAGAUCAAAGAAUGUCCAUUGAAAGGGCUAGAACUUCUUUAGAGUUGCCAGGUAUAACAAGGGCUGAUGAUUUAUUAAGCAAAAAAUGA